UGAGUAAAAAAGAAAAGAAUUGUUUGAUAUUAUAAGCAUUUUUUGACGCUAGAGCAAGAAGGUGAAAGAAUGCAAGUCAUGCAAUUUCCGCUUAUAACUCUUACGAUCGCGGGGUGCUGGCCACCAAGUUCCUGGUCCACGUUUUGUAAGCGUAUAGUGUAUAAUGCGUAUACAAUUAUUAUGGUCCUGCUACUAUUUACCUUCAUGGUGCCGCAAUUCAUGGACAUUGUCCUGAACGUCGAUAAUGCUGACGAUUUUACGGACACCUUUUACGUUAUGUUAGCUAUGGUUAUCGGUUGCUGUAAGAUGCUUGGCUUGUUGCUCAAUCGUAAGAAUAUAGAGAUGUUGACGAAUAUGUUAGUUGAGAAACCAUUUAUGCCACUGGAACCGGAUGAAAUUGAGAUUCGGGAAAAAUUUAAUAAUUUAAUACAGUAA